CUGCUCCUGUAGCGAUGGCUCCCUUCGUGACCUUGGUCCUGCUCGGGCUGCUCUCGCUGUCUGGCCUGGACGCCGUCCAGCGUCCUCCGAAGGUUCAGGUUUACUCACGACACCCCGCAGAGAAUGGAAAACCAAAUUACCUGAACUGCUAUGUGUGUGGGUUCCAUCCACCCCAGAUUAAGAUUGAUUUGCUGAAGAAUGGGGAGAAGAUGGAAGUGGAGCAAUCAGACCUGUCUUUCAGCAAGGACUGGUCUUUCUACCUUCUGGUCCACACUGCGUUCACUCCCAACGCAGUGGAUCAGUAUAGCUGCUGCGUGAAACACGUUACUCUCAGCGAGCCCAAGAUAGUUAAAUGGGAUCGAGACCACUAACCAGCAUCAUGGAGGUUUGAAGAUGCCUCAUUUGGAUUGGACUAAUUCCAAAUUCUGUUGUCUUACUUUUUAUUUUUUAAUUUUCUUUUUUAUUUUCUUUUUUUAAAAUUUAUUUUAUUGAAGUAUAGUUGAUUUAUAAUAUUGUGUUGGCUUCUGCUGUAUAGCAAAGUGAUUCAGUUAUUGUUGUCUUGCUUUUUAAUGCUGAUAUGCUUUUAUGCUUUAUGCAUAUAAAUCAGAAGUUGUAUUGAUGUUACCGCAAAUAUCAUCUUCUUUAUAAUUCUA